AUGUUUUCAGUCCAUUUAAGCCAUCAUCAUGGUUCCAAGCAUGCUGAGGAUCCAACAAAUAAGAAGAAUGAUCAAGGAACGGAACAAACAAAACAUCAGCCACACGAAAAGGGAUCAUCCUCCUUCUCAACGUCGUCUAGUAAUAAUCAACAAGAUCCAAACAAUUCCGAUCAAAACGUUAAAAAAGCAGAAAGUAGUCUUCCCUUUCUUCAUGAAGUAAAAGAAGAAUUGAUUUCUCAACGCCAUCAAUAUUUCCUCUCAAAAUUCUUCUCUCAGCCUGUUGGAAGUACGACUGUGGUUCAAUAUGUCAUGCACACGCAAAUUCCCAAGUACUUGACUGCACUUGCCAUUCUCAUUGUUCUGUAUGUGCUGUUCACUCAAAUCAAACUGAAAACACAAGUGGGUGAAUUCAUUAAGCAGAUCAAGGCUGCAACAUUUAUUGAAAAACACGAUAUCGAUGAGUCAGACGACAAGGAGAGACUUGUUAAGAUAUAUGGAAAGGUGAAAUGUUCUGCGGAUAAGCCUUUGAAUAAUGAAAAACCUCAAAUCGAAGCGAUGGGCAAAGCAAAGCAUUCACAAGUUCAUCACACGCCAAGACAAGUUCAUGAUAUUCUCAUGUACCAUUAUGUUAUUAGAAGUGUCAACAAGGGAAGCAAAGGAUCUGCAAGUAACACGGAGUUUUACGAAAUUGUAUAUGUCACAAACUUUCCAAUUUAUUUGAAAUUUAAUUUGGGAGAAAAUAUCAGUGAGAAGGAGAGAACAGCGUUCGAAAACAAAUGGUGGUCUAAUGACAACAUCGACACUCGUCGAAAACCAAAAGUGAUACCAAAUUUCUCUUUGAUUUUGGAUGUAAAGAAUGAAAAUCAACACAAAAAUUUAGUGACCACAUUUUCUGAAGAGGGACUGCACAAACUUUCACCAAAUGAUCUAGCACCUUUUCUUCAUACAGAACGAAUUAUUACAACCACUAACAGGUUCCAUGUUGCUGAAUUUUUCUCAGAGCUUGAAAAAAUUGCACAACAGUCCUCCAUGAAAUCAUUGGCUCGAGUUAAUAACUUGGGGGAGGCAAUAAGACAGGGCCACACUUUUUACAUCACCGAGAAGGUGUUACGAAGUGAUGAUUCUGUGCUGGUCAUGGGUCAUUUAAGGAAAGAGCAAGAAGUCUUGCAUUUAAAUUGCAAUAUUAUUUCAUGCCACACAGAAAAAGAAUUAAUUCAUAACCUAAAGAAACAAAACAGUAUUUUGGCGAGAAAAUAUCACGAAUUUUGA